UUAAUAAAAACCAUGUCUGGCGAAAUUGCGCAAGACGCGUAAGCCAAGUGAAGUGUGGAGAGGAAAAGAAUAAGUUAUUAUUGGCUUUGUCCGAAAAAUGUUCGUGUCGAUUUUUUAGAAGAAUUCUUCUUCUUCUUUUAAACCUCCACUCCCUUCAUUUAGCUUGUGUCAAUCACAAUUUCGCCAGCUAUCGCUGUGGAUGUGUAUUAUAUAAGGAUUUGAAAUUAUUUCUGGAUGAAGCGAAGGAGGAACUAUUUUAUUUUAGCUUGGGCUCUAACUUUAAAAGCAAAGACAUGGCGCAGGAAACGCAUGAAGUUAUUAUGAAAACAUUUGAAAAACUUCCGUACAAAAUCAUUUGGAAAUUCGAGUCUGAAAGUUUACCUGGAAAACCCGACAACGUGAGAAUCCUUAAAUGGGUACCUCAGCAGGACAUAGAAACGUUAAAUUAUUUAUCAGUCAAUGCGGAUUUCAAUCUUCAGAGGACGGCAUUUAUAAUCUAUUUUCGUUUAUUAUUGAUGGUGGCAUUCUUAGGUGAUGCCGCAAGGAUUUUGGGCAUAUUUCCCACUCCUUCAUACAGUCAUCAAAUAGUGUAUCUUCCUAUCAUGAAAGAAUUAGCAAAAAGAGGACACGAAGUUGUUAUAAUAACAACCGACCCUAUGGAAGGGGAGAUACAAAAUUUAAAGCAAAUUGACGUAAGUUAUGCCUACCAAUUUUCUAAGAAACUUAACGUGACACAGAUGAUAUACGAGAAUAAUAGAAAUCCUUUCAAAUUUAUUAAUGAUUUGAUGGACUUGUUCAGUGACACAGUCAUUAAAGAGUUAGAACAUCCUGAAAUACAAUCAAUAAUUGCUAAUGAAAAUGAACAUUUCGAUCUCCUGAUGGUUGAGUACAUGUUCCCAACGUUCCUCGCUUUCAAGCAUCGAUUCAACUGUUCCAUGAUUGGUUUAACAUCGUUGGAUUCCUCUUAUUAUGGUCACGUCGCAGUCGGAAAUCCAGUUCAUGCCGUUUUAUACCCCGACGCUGUUAUGCAAUUUCAAACACAAAAAUUAAAUUUUUUUGAGAGGUUGCAAAGUUUCAUAUUUGAGCAAUUUAUGAACUAUUACAUCGAAUACAUAACCAAUCCUACACAGGAAGCGACAAUAGCCAAGUAUUUUGGGAAUAACUAUCCUUCUCUACCGGAGCUUAUAGCUUCAAUAGAUAUGCUUUUCAUAAACGUCAAUUACAUCCUACACUCUAUAAGACCGUUGACACCAGCCACCGUUGCCAUUGGUCCGUUCAUCCAAAUAAAACCACCCAAGGAUUUGCCAGAAGAUUUGAAAUUAUUUUUGGAUGAAGCGAAAGAGGGAGUAAUUUAUUUUAGUUUAGGUACGAACGUUAAAAGCAAAGAUUUAGCGCAGGUCACGCGUGACGUUAUUAUGAAAACUUUUGCAAAACUGCCGUAUAAAAUCCUUUGGAAAUUCGAAUCUGAAAAACUACCUGGACAACCAGACAACGUGAAAAUCGUCAAGUGGGCACCGCAGCAGGAUAUCUUAAGACAUAAAAACGUUAAAUUAUUUAUUAGCCAAUGCGGAUUGCAAUCUUCAGAGGAAGCACUUUACUAUCAAGUACCAAUUCUGGGUUUGCCAUUUUUUGCAGAUCAAAUAAGUAAUGCCUACAAAUUAGAUAUAAACGGAUUAGGUUUAUCUUUGAAUUAUAAAGAAUUAACCAUCGAAAAAUUUGCAUUUAGUAUUAACGAACUAAUUGAUAAUCCCAAGGAGAUUUCAAAUUUACUUAAGGAUCAACCUAUGUCAAGUUUAGAGAGAGCCGUUUGGUGGACAGAGUACGUCUUGAGGAACAAAGGAGCGCAACACUUGAAAGGCAACGCCGUUCAUAUUCCUACAUAUCAAUAUUUAUACUUGGAUAUAAUUGCUAUAUUAUUUAUACUAGUCUCAGUUAUUUACUUCUCUACCAUCACCGCUUUCGUUCCAUAUUAUGAACAUCAAUUUUUCUUCGCCAGUGAUUAUCCGUUUUAA